AUAGAUAUACACCAUAUAGCUAUAUAGGUAUAUAGAUAUAGAUAUAGAUAUAUAGAUAUAAUGAUAAGAUGAGAGAAUAUCUUUCCUUCCAAAUAAACUUAGAAAUUAUAUUUUCUUCGGACAUAUAUUAUAUUAUUUGCCAUAUUUAAAAUAUAUUGCUAGGAACCUACCGAAAUAUAUAUAUAUAUAUAUAUAUAUAAACACAUGUCUCUAGGGUUUUGCUCACAGCUAUGAAGACUACAUCAGAAGUCUUCACGAACACAUCGGACAUGGAAGAACAGCAAGAGCAGUGUGCUACAGGAGUUGUUAUUGACGAAUUCGGCCUCAUCGAAGAUAUACUUCGGAGAGUUCCCAUCAAGUCUCUCGUUCGGCUACAGUUCGUCUCAAAGCAGUGGCGUUCUCUGAUCUCCGAUCCCGCCUUCCUCCGGAGACACGCUUCGGCUACCGGAAUUUCGGUCCUCUGGAAGCACGCAAGGAUCAGCAGGUCGCCUCGCCAAUUUGGUCACCAUGACAAUUUCUCCCUCUGCACCAUCGACGGUAAUGGGGAGCAUGGGUUUUUGAGCCUUGAUAGCAUGAAUAGACCGGACGUGACUUUUAAGCCUGCGAUAUUUGGCUCGUGCAAUGGCCUGUUGCUCAUUAGGAGUGCCGAGUCGGAAUUCGCAUUGUGGAACCCAUUUACCAAAUCAUCCAGGAGGAUAACAGGAUUCUGUCCCGACAUGCUCCGCAAUGCCAAAAUCCUCUCUGGUCUCGCAUAUGAUAGAGCAAGCGAAGAUUACAAGGCGGUGGUAGUCCUAUUUCCAGACAAGGGCCGUGGGGGUGCCCAUCCCCUUAUAUUCUCCUAUAGGAGGAACUCUUGGACAAACAGUGAUACGGGUGGCUUCCCAUUGCCUUACUGGCCAUCAGGCGCUUUCUCUAGCGGACCUACGGUCAAUGGGUGCCCUCACUGGGUCGUCACGGAUUCUGUUUUUGAUGACUCGAAGUUGCUGGUGUGCUUCGAUGCUGUGAAGGAGGACUUGAAGUGAUGACCAGUUAAUUUGCUGAGGAUCCAGUAACAGUUCUUGCAGUCUGGGUUAUCUAUUUGUUCACGCCCUUAUGGUCAACCGGUCUCGAACAAAUAUAUAUCAUUCAAAGCACUGAGGACUCGAAUUGUUUAUCGGUUUUGGUUUAUCAGAGAACAUUAGUUAAAUUUACUCGGUUCUAUGACUCCUAUGGUUUGUCAGAUAUCGACUGUUCUGUAAUGAAAUUCCUUAAUCAGUUGAUAUUUGUUUCCGUG